AAAGUGAAGCAAACCACUCAAGACAUCACUUACUUUGGUGUUAUACUAUUGGGUGUUUCAGUGACGGCAAUAAUCCUUUGGGCGAUAUUUCGAGAGCUGUUCUCAUCUGUGAGUCCUUCGGUGUUGUAUUCAAGUGCACUAAAACUCUGUAAAUCUGAUGUACGAGUUGUUGAGGCGAUCGGCGAUCCCAUCAAAGGGUUCGGCGAAAUGUCUUCGCGCGGCCGCAGACGACACGUCAGUUCUCUUGAGUACGAAAAGGAUGGACAACAAGUGAUUCNUGCACUAAAACUCUGUAAAUCUGAUGUACGAGUUGUUGAGGCGAUCGGCGAUCCCAUCAAAGGGUUCGGCGAAAUGUCUUCGCGCGGCCGCAGACGACACGUCAGUUCUCUUGAGUACGAAAAGGAUGGACAACAAGUGAUUCGCGUUAAGUUCUAUCUGAAAGGAUCCAAAACCAGUGGAACCGUUCAUUUGGAGGCAUUCAAGAAUCGCGCGGCCGCAGACGACACGUCAGUUCUCUUGAGUACGAAAAGGAUGGACAACAACGUAAAGUUAGACCCGAUGUCUGAUUUAGUGGCCGUUUGGGACGUCCCUCUAUGUGAUAAAGUGCAUAGAAUUGAGUUUGAGCAUGGUACUACUACUGGCAAACGGGUCCUCAAAGUCGAUGGACAGGAGAUCGUACGGCGGGAAUGGAUGUUCAAACUGGUGGGCAGUGAGGCGUUUGAGAUCAAGGGAGAAGAGGGACAGGUUUACGCCAAAUGCGAAAUUUUGAUUAACGCGAGCACUGGAUUCACGAAAUUUUGUAUUUAA